GUUACAGAAGGUAGACAAAAGGAAGAGAAGAAGCUUUAGCUACAGAGCUGUUAGCUUAGUCAAGCUUUCUCACAGGAACAGUUUACACUGAAAUUCGCUAAAAAUGUUUGAGAACUUUAGAGAAAGACUCCACAUGGUACAGCAUGACUUCUCAACAAGCUUCAAGACCUUAGGAGACAAAUCAAAAGACACCAAAAUCAAGAGGAAAUCAAGGGUGGAAGAAGGUUUUCCGUAUUUAGGUGCUGGGCUGGACAUUCUAAGCAGGUUUGAGAAGAGUUGGUUUCUACUCCAUAAACAAACUAAAGAUUGUGCUCAGGUUGCAGAGUCUGUAGAUGGUGACAUAGUGAUGCUGUCAGCCCACUGGGAGAGAAGAAAAGCCGCUCUGACGAACCUCCAGGAACAACUGCAGAGCCUACCAGAUUUCAUCACUGAACUCGAUGCCAUUACUGCAAACAUAGCUCACUUGGAAGGUGAAUUUGAGGAGAUGGAGAGCAGGCUGCUGUAUCUGGAGACUCUGUGCUGUCAGUGUGAGCAACAGACUGUAAAAACUCAUCAUACCAACCAACUGGAAGAGUAUAGAAAGAAGAAAAGGAAAGAGUUGGAAUCACUGGAAGCUGAAUUGAACUCUGAACAUGCACAAAGAGUUGCGGAGUUGGAGCUGGCUAUGCAACAGAAACUAAGAGAACGACAGAAGGUCUACGAGAAAGCAUUCCACCAAGAUGUAGAGAAAUAUCUUUCCACUGGAUGCCUACAGAGCAGAGCAUCAGUGGGGGUUGAUACGGCCGCCCUGGAUCAAAUGGGAAUCGUUAACUUAUCAGACCAGGAGGCCUUGGAUGACUUUCUGAAUUCCAGCGGUGAAGAUUCGAGUUCUGGAUCAUCUCUUACUUCAGGUCCAGACCUUCAGUCAUCCUCUUUGGAGUCCUUGAACCAGAUUUCCCCCACAAACACCGGUCAGUUAACCGAGGUUGCAGAGUGGCAGCAGGAAGAAGGAGCCAGUGGGGAGGGUGAAAAGCCCCUGGUACAAUCAGAUGAGGAGGAUGUACAGGCAGACACGUCCCUGGUUGCCGUCCAGGACAUCCCUGCGUCCUCGGGCUCUGAUGAGAGUGACUCUGCAGGGGACAAACCCUCUGAGUGAUGCUGAAGUUACACUGAGAGCAAACAUCCUAAUAUAAUUCUUCAAUAAACACUUCAGCUUCUGCUC